AGAGAUAACCAAGACCAUCUCCAUGACGUCGACCAAGGCCCUACACCGUCCUUGUACCAGACAGUGUUGGUUGGACGUACGAAGAAACCUUACUUGAUCAGUAAGCAACACCUGAAGCACCCUCUGCUCAACGCUCUCGUAGAGAAGCAACAGAGAUAUGAAGAAGACGAUAAUGAAGAUGGAAGUUGUAUAAUCACUGUGAAAUGUGAGGUCGUUCUGUUCGACCAUCUUCUGUGGAUGCUCGAAAACGGAGACCAGAGUCACAUAUUGGAGUCUCUAGAUGACUUUGCCCAUCUCUAUCUGUCCCCUUGAUUAGGAGGUUUCACUUGCUUAUCGUUUUUCGUAUUAAACUUUAAAUCCUUGUUUUUUUUUUCCCUUGAAAUGUAAAGAUUACCAACAGGUGACACUGUGACAGGUCAGUGACUUCUGUUGGUGAAAUAACAAGACAUCUUACCAAAGUGUGUUGUUUAUACGUUU